CCCUCCCCGUCCUUCCUACUCCAUCCAUACCUGCCUACUGGACAGACAGUCACCAUGGCUGCUUUCGACUCCUCGAGUCACAAAACGACUGACAAAACCAUCGAGCCGAGUACUUCUGGCUGGGUGGCUGAUGUCGAUCAUGGCGCUGAAACGGAGCUGCAUCGGACGCUGUCCACGCGGCAUAUCACCAUGAUCGCGCUGGGUUCAUCGAUUGGUAUGGGUCUCUGGUUGGGCAGUGGUACGUCGCUGGCCAACGGAGGUCCCGCUGCCAUCUUCAUCGGUUAUAUUCUGUCUGGUACUAUGAUCUGGUCGGUCAGUCACUCCAUUGGAGAAAUGGCUGUCAUGUAUCCUCUUCCGUCGGCGUUCGUGCAGUGGACGUCGAUGUUUGUCGACCCGUCGGCUGCGUUCGCGCUGGGAUGGUCGUACUGGUUUAAUUAUUUUAUUGUCAUUGCCAAUGAGCUGCAGGCUGUCAACACUGUCUUGACCUUCUGGACCGAUAAAGUGCAUGUCGCUGCGUGGAUCAGUAUCUUCUGGGUGGUAAUCAUCGUGAUCAACGUGGUCGGAGUCAAGUUCUUCGGUGAGAUCGAGGUUGUCUCGUCGACCAUCAAGUUCUCAUGGAUCAUCGUGGUCAUCAUCUCCCUCAUCGUUGUAUCCGCAGGAGGCGCUCCCGCCGAAGGACCCAUCGGCUUCCGAUACUGGAACUCCGAGCCCUUCACCAACGGCUUCAAGGGUUUCCUCUCCGUCAUGCCCACUUGUAUCUUCGCGAUGUCCGGGUCCGAGAACUGCGCCCUCGUUGCCGCCGAAACUACCAACCCGCGCAAGUCCGUCCCUCGCGCCGUCGGCUCCAUGUGGCUGCGUCUCUCGCUGUUCUACGUCCUCGGUUCGCUCAUGAUCACUAUCACUGUCGACCCCAACAACCAGGACCUCUUCGGUGCUUCGGGUGUCAACGCUUCCCCGUUCGUCAUUGCCUACCGCAACGCAGGUCUAGCCCCUCUCGCUCACAUCAUGAACGCCGUCAUCUUCAUCUCCGUCGUCUCGACGGGCAGUAUCUCCGGGUAUGGUGGCGCCCGUACGCUCAUGGGCAUGGCCCAUCUGAACAUCGCUCCUAAGAUCCUGGGCAAAGCCGACAAAGGCGGCCGACCGCUCGCCGGCCUCGGCAUUACACUCCUCAUCGGCGGCGGCCUCGCCUACCUAAACGUCAACAACAGCGGCGCCGAAGUCUUCACCUGGUUCUCGAACCUGACAUCCCUCUUCACGCUCUUCGGCUGGGGCAUGAUCUGCCUCUCACAUAUCCGGAUGCGGUACGCGUGGAAAAUCCAAGGCCGGGACGUCAACGAGCUACCUUGGAAAUCGUGGACGUAUCCGUACGGCGCGUACUGGGGUCUGCUAUGGUGUAUUUUGCUGAUCAUUGCGGAGUUCUAUUUGAGCUUGUGGCCGCUGGGUGGGAGUCCGAAUGCGAAGGACUUCUUUGCUAAUUUUGUGAGUGUGGUGGCGAUUGUGGUGAUUUAUUUGGGGGCGAGGAUUUAUUAUCGGGGGGCUUGGUGGAUUGAUGCGAGUACGAUUGAUCUGGAUGGGUUGAGGAGGUUCUAUUCGGAUAGUGAUUUGGAGGCGAAGGGGGCGAAGAGAGGUGGCGUCUGGGGUAAGGUGGUUGGUGCUAUUACGGACUAGGUGUCGGCUAUGGGUUAUGUUUAUCAUUGUUGUGAAUAGUCUAUAAGGAGGAGGCUUCCUCGAUAUGGUGGUUCAAGCUGCG